AUGGAUUUUUCAAAAAAAAAGGAUUUAAAAGCCCCAUUUAAGGCAAAAAAAGAUUUAAAUGAUGGUGAAUUAGAUCAUCUUAAAACAGAAUUUAUUGAGGGAGAAGAACUUAAUAAUAGUUCAGAAAAAGUUAAUAAUAAGGAAAUAUUUGAAGAAAAAAAAGAGUCGGAUGAUGAAUCUUUAGAAGAGGAGAUUUUACUUUCAGAAGUUGAAUCAUUUAGUGAUUUUGAUGUACCAAUCUAUCAGAAACUGACUAUUAAUAACAAAGAGGCAUUAAAUAGAAUUUUUGAAUCAAUUAUUAUUCCAGAGACUAAAUUUGAUGAGAACCAAGUAAUAACUUCAAAGGAAUCAAUUAAGAUCGAAAAUAUUCAUGAUGAUUUUGCAAGGGAAUUAGCAUUUUAUAAACAGGGACUUGAAGCAGCUAUACGAGGACGUCAAGCUAUUCUUGAUAAAAAUGGGAUUUUUUCUCGACCUUAUGAUUAUUUUGCAGAAAUGUUGAAAUCAGAUGAACAUAUGCAAAAGAUCAAAGAUAAACUAAUCAAAGAAGAAACAGAAAAAAAAGCAAUAGAAUCAGCAAGACGGCAACGUGAACUGAAAAAAAUUGGAAAAAAGGUUCAAAUAGAGAAAAUUCAUCAACGUCAUCAAGAAAAAAAAGAAAUAUUAGAUAAAAUCAAAAAUCUUAAAAAAAAAAGGAAAUAUGAUCAAGAGCUUACAACAGAUGAUAAUUUUGAUGUUGAAUUAGAAAAGGCAAGUUCUGUUUCAAAAAGACAAAAAACAAGUAAACGACAAAAAAAAGAUAAAAAUUAUGGUUUUGAUGGAAAAAAGAAAUAUAAAAAAUCUAAUGAUACAAAAAGUACAGACAGCAUGUUUGAAUUUUCAGUUAAAAAAAUGAAACAGCCUUUUAAAAAUUAUUCAAAUAUACAAAAAAAAACUAGAAGAAAAAGCCAUAAUAAAUAA